AUGGAGGAGAUGGUUCAGGUCGCUGACUUCCACGGCGGGACAUUUCGAAAGCUCAUGGCAUCCAAAAGAUGUGUCAUCGAAGAGCAAAAUCAUCUGCUAUUCCUAGAUCCGAUGUGUCACCGAAGAGCAAAAUCAUCUGCUAUUCCUAGAUCCGUGAAGUACCAAUUCGAAGGUCGCCAGAAAAUGAUUCUUAUGAAUUCGUCGCCGAAGAUCGAGUCUUCGUCGACCAGAUCAGGCGAGUGUGUUGUCACGGACUGA